AUGGUUGCCUUCUCAAGAUCACUACAACUUUCCCUUUCGGUUUUGGCAUCUACAGUCGUUGCCAUCCCUACACCAUCACAGCUUGAAUCUCGGGCCGUCAUCAAUUCCGAUGCCGUUGUGGGAUUUCCCGAAACCGUUCCCAGCGGGACAGUAGGAACAGUUUAUGAGACAUAUCAACCAUAUCUUAAGAUAGUCAAUGGCUGCGUACCAUUCCCUGCAGUCGAUGCAUCGGGUAACACAGGUGGUGGUUUGUCACCAACUGGCAGUAGCAAUGGUGAAUGCAGCAGUAGUACCGGUCAAGUAUACGUCCGAGGAGCACAAAGCGGAUCAUACUACGGUAUCAUGUACUCCUGGUACAUGCCAAAAGAUGAGCCCUCAGCCGGUCUUGGUCACCGUCACGACUGGGAAGGUGUAAUCGUCUGGCUUUCCAGCUCAACCGCCACAACCGCCAGCAACAUCGUAGCCGUCUGUCCUUCCGCCCAUGGAGGCUGGGAUUGUUCCACCGAUGGUUAUUCCCUUUCCGGUACCAGCCCUCUCAUCAAGUACGAAAGCAUCUGGCCUAUCGAUCAUUCAAUGGGCCUUACUAGUACUGUUGGCGGACAACAACCUAUGAUUGCCUGGGAAUCUUUACCUACUGCUGCUCAAACUGCUCUUGAGUCGACUGAUUUCGGCGCUGCGAACGUUCCAUUCAUUCCAUCUGCUUUCGCAAACAAUCUUGCAGCAGCUACUUUCUAG